UAGAAACGAAACAGUCGAGUUCUCUUUUCACUGGCUUUGUCUAAAAGUUAUUGAGUUCAGUCGAGUUUGGCAUGCCUAUGUAUGAGUUGGCAAAGUCUCGUGUCCCAAAAUGGCAAGGUUUUGCAGACAGCUUUUGAAAACGUAACUAUGUUUAAAGUUAUUAAUAAUCCUAGCUGCACGGUUGAAACACUAAGCACUGUCCUUGUAGCUUUGUUUCAAUGAUUUUAAUAUCCCCAGUUUGGCAGCGACUCUCUCAUUGCUUGUUUCGCCUCAAGCUGAGGCAUGCUGGGCAGUUUGAAAACAAUUGAAAAAGUCACGCAGCAGCACCGUGUGUCGCCAACCGCGUCAUUGUGGAGCAAGAACAACACUCAGCAGUCACGAAAUAAACCCGUCUCGCUUGUAACGCAGCCUCGCCUGUCAGUAUAAGUACAACGCGAUCACUACAGAUCACCUCAGAUUAACCCAAGACGUCGAACGAGCUGGAUCACUCGCUGGAUCAAAGGUGAAAUUAAGAUGAAUUACUUUGCACUCUUGUUAAGCAUCGUAUGUUUGGUGUGCCUCGUUCAGCUCUCCUCAGAAGAAAAUGUAAAUCGUUGGAGGACAUCAUAUAAGGUAUAUAUAAACAUGUACAGUUUAAACCUAACAUGUCAUUCUAACCAUAAUUGAUAAGUCAGUGUUACACGGCAGCAGAUGGUGGUCAACCUACAAGAAUGUUGACAUUUACAGAAGAAAUUCAACUAGUACAUCUGUUAAUGUAUUUGUCUUCAAAUUCAAGGAAAAGACUAUUUUUCACUCUGAUAACGGCAGCUUCGCCAUCACCGGCUGCACUUUAGUGAAACUUUCCUAUAAAUGCACUGUAUACGUUCUAUCAAUAGAAAUAUGUUUAAGUUUUUGACCGGAAAUUGUACUACCAAACAUACUUAACCUUAAUUUCGUGUAUGUUAUUGAGCGAUUUAGUUUUCAUCAUGGCAGAUGACAAUCAAUUUAUAUCGGGGGACAUUUGGGUUGAAGAAUUAAUGAUUAAGUAUAUAUAUUUGGGUUGAAGAAUUAAUGAUUAAGUAUAUAUAUUUGGGCUUGUUAGUUUAGAAAUAUGUUUUUGGAUUAUAGGUUAUUAACAUAGUUUGUAUAAAAAGCAUUAAAAAUACUGUUGCAAGCCAAAUGCGGCGUUUUUGAAGUUUAUUUCUGCAUACUGUAUUUAUAUAAGGUUAUUUAUAUGUCGGGUAUUUAGUGGUAAUCAUUUGUGACUUGUUCCCAAUGCGCCUAAGAAAGUUUAUCUACAGUGUUUACAUAAGCUGGUAGUUUUAUAAUUUACCUGAGAUAAUUGUGCAGUAAGUGCGUAAUUAUUUGUGUUAUUUUAACGCUGUGCUUUAAGCCUUUAACGUUAUCUAUGCCUCUAUUCAAAUGAUCUUGGCUUAAUUGCUUUUCCCAGGCAUAGAAACAUCGGCAGAAAAUCAGAAUAUAUUUGAGUAAGGCUAAUUUGAAUCUAUUAGCGUUCCAGAUUUUGCAAUCAUGUUUCAAUCAUUUGCAUUUUUGGUUUUAGUAGUUUCCAUCUGUUCCGGCUAGCAAUUUGCUGAUCAUUUCUCCCUGAUAUUAAGAAAUAGUAUAGGGUGUGAUUUAUAUGUCACCUAUUAUCUAAUAAAGAUAAUCUGAUGACAUGAAAUAACAGUCUAUACACGAGUUGUCAACGCAUUUACUAAUCCUCGCUGACAUUGGCAUUCAUUCUAUACAACUCCUCGCUAAAAAGAUGCAUUGUGAUAGAUCGUUAAUCUUGUGAGGAAAUACCAGCAUCACAAUUGACAGAACUAAUUGUAGACGUCAUUUUGUUGCUCAGCUCAAAAACUCUACAUUCUUUUCAAUCCUUUGCCUGAUACCUUUUUGAUUUAAAGGUUUGGAGGCGUAUUUAAGGAACGACUCUUUGAUUAAUGCAUGAAUUCCAAGACCGCUAUUUACCGUGAGCGAAUAACAUUUGAGGACAUACUCUAAAUUCUAGGAUGGCUUUCUUUGGAAAAAUUUCAGCAUUGUUCAAAUGAUUUAAGAUACCAAAUUGGGAAAACUAUGCAUUUUAGAAUAUACCUUGUAAGGCAUUAGAACUGAAUCGCCUUCAAUCAAUGUGCAAAUAUGUGUGGUCAUGCUUCCAAUUGUAGCAAUUAUGUUAAUUAAUCCAUCAAUCAUCACCGUCUAAAAACUGAUCACGUUGGGGCGGAAAGUAACUUUCGAAAAACAAGUCAGUCAGGUCUGUCAGGAAGAAUAAAAAUGAAACCUUCAUCUUUUCAUUUUUCUCCCUAAUGAACGCAUAUUUGGAAACUCUAAGGAAUGUUCUAUGCUUUUACCUAUGUGACUGAAAUGGAUUGUGUUCCACAACAGACCUGUGUCUGAUAAAAUCUGUACUUGGUUGGUUAAUGACCAUUAAGAUAGGUUAAUGAUUAUCCCAGAUUAUCCUAGCUUUAUAUAAGCUCAUAAGAUUAUGGCCUUUUGAUGCGAUUAAGACGCGAUUAAGUUGUUUAGGUGUUGGCUGGGUGUAUAUAGCAGUUUGUUAUAAGCUUGUUAAAAUCAUACUAGGGUGAUAUUGAUAUCUAUUGACCUGCUGUGUCAUUUAGAAUACUGUAACAAUUGGCACUGCGUGAUUAACUUGAUCCGCUCAAAAUAACAUUCAAUACGCCCAUGCAGCUUGCAUGCCAGCUAGAAACAGGAAAAUGUUUCUACUAAAACUACCAUAUUUCAUUUGAUUCUCAUAUGGAAACCUUUUUAUUGGAAAAAAUCUUAUGGCAGUACCGAGUCGAUGAUCUCGUAUAGUCUCUCCCAGGCAGCUGUCGCAUGAGUUCCAACUUUUGCUUGUGGGUACAACUCGUAAUUACGCGCAAUUACAACGUGAUUAGGCAUGGAGAAAUAUUUCGUGUUAAUUCAUUAAAAAUAUGUGAAAAGUGCAACAAAUGGCUUUCAAACAAUUUAUUUGGUUUUUACAUUAGAACAUCUUCAGAGCGUUGAACUCUGCAAUUCGUGAAUAUUAUGUUCAAGUGGACGGGCAUAAGAAUUUUUCUCCCUUUCUUAGGGCUGCUUUAUACUAGCGAAGUUUCUGGGAUCACAGUAGGAAUUUUGCAUUGGUAAAUUCUAAGUUUUGAAGAAUUUGUAAGAAAUGUUUCAGGGAACUGGUUUAAACACGAAGUAAAGUUCCCUCAAACAUUUCUUACAAAUCAUUCAAAACUUAGAAUUUGCCCAUGCAAAAUUCCUACUGUGAUCACAGAAACUUUGAUAGUGUCAACCAGACUUUAGUACUGAUUGGGCAGUUAACGAUGAACCAUUAUUCAGGGAAGAAGCUCGCAUUGUCAUCUUUGUGAAAUACACGUCUGCCAUAGGUGAAAAUUGCAUCAAUAUAUAACAUUUGAUAUUCCCCUACUGUUUCAAAUGCUUCAACAAUGGAAUCCACUUUAAAAACAGUUAGAAUAUAAUUGUGGGAAUUAACAGAAACUUAAAUUCAACUCUUCGGUAUCUUUAAAAGGAAAUUAGGAGACAAAGGAUUAAUUAGAGAGGACCAAAUUAGAUCUGUAGAACUAAAAAUACUCGACUUCCUGCUUGCAGAAGCGUCUAGACCAUGUAGAAACAUUGGGUAACAGGUCGUUAUUAAUUAGGGAUAAUUAUUUCUGUAUUUAAGAGGUUAAUUAGAAAUAUGAUGGUCAUUAUUUGGCACCUAUUUUCAAGUUGCAUGGAACACCGACCUAACUGAGAAGAAUAGAGGAUCAAGAAGAUUUGUUAACAUGACAUAAAAUUUUAUCAUUUAGUAGGGGUGAAUAAGUUACGAUGACGGUAGGUUUGAAACAUUCUUGCACGAAACGUUUGUUAACAUGAAAGAAUUAAACUAUUUUUAUCCCUGAAGUUCGUAGGGGUCAAUUAGUUAUAAUAAUGAACCGUUUGAGAGAGGUCCAGGUAGUAAUUUUUAAAUUACAUUGAAUGCUGACCUAUGGUGAGGUUUUAUUUCCUUUUAACAACUAUAAACAAAGCGUAAUUACCUUAGUAAUUUUCCUGCAGUGUGAGUAGCUAAAAAUAAGCCUUUAAAAUAGCUAACACAGUACGAAUCAACAAAAUAUUUGGGUUUUACAAUUUGGAAAUGAUUUUCACUACAGGAUCAUUCACCCAAGAAUCAGGGCUCCUUAGUUCUGACAUUGUUCUGCAAAAUUCCGUCAUUGAUAACAGCAUUACUUGUAACGCUCAAAGGUUUACCCUACUAAAAUAGAAUAAGUUCUUUGUAUGUUUGCAUGGUGAUAAAAUAUAAUAGGUUUUGUUUGUGGAAACACCACGUAAAUUUAUUACUGCAAAGCUUUCGAUCCGUAAGCCCGGAUCUUCAUCAGUGCUAAUAAUAUGUAAUAUGCUAUAAUUAGUGCUAAACUUCAUCAGUGCUAUAAUUACGGAUCGAAAGCUUUGCAGUAAUAAAUUUACGUGGUGUUUCCACAAACAAAACCUAUUAAAAUAAAAUAGUUUUUCAUACUCAUACUCAAGUCGUUUAAUUCGAGUUUCCUUUCUUUUAGCUCAAAGAGUCUCGACGAAACAGACGUCGAGGGAGGGGUAAGAAGGGACGCCCAGGACCUGUGGGUCCCCCUGGAAACCCUGGACCUCCGGUAUGUAAUACGUUAUACUUCAUCGUAUAUUGCACAGCAUAGCACAUUAUUGAGGUUCAAAUUUUACUACCAUGCAUUACUUCUAACUGGCUUGUUAAGCACUUGAUUGCUUCAUGGUCCCUUAAUGGUAGCGGCAGAUGAACCUCUCUAUUAUUGUUAGGCGACUGGCUCACUGCUUUCUAGUUAAACGUUUUUCAUACACAGGCUGUGCUUCUGUUCAUUUAUUCCAUAAGAAACUUCGAAAUGGAUUUAAACUUUUUCUGUGCGUGUACGCACGUAUGAACAAAGUUUAACUGGAAAGCAGCCUUUCCGGGUAGUGGUAUGUACAGUACACCGUCUGUUUUUCACUUUUUCGUAACAUAUUGUAGAAUUUUGUUUUGCGUAAAAGUCUCGAGUUCCACCUUUGUGAAGUGCAAGACACUAGCCGUUCUUGAAGGUCUCCCAGGGGUAUCAAGGGUCUGCCAGGGGUUUCAAGGGUCUGCUAGGAUUUUUCAGGGAACAAGGGCCAUGUUUUGAAAUGGGAACACGGGAACCAAGCUGAACAAAAUCUGGGUAACAAGGGAACAUGAUGAAAUCUUUGGAACAAAGAAACGGAGGAAAAGGUUUCAAGGGAACAUCCCUCCCCUGGAUACUAAUGUUGUAAGUUCAAUAUCUAAAGAUGGUUUUCUUUCGUUCUAGGGCUUACCAGGACGUGAUGGUCAGCAAGGAUCGCCUGGUGUUCCUGGAGAAGUAAGUUUUUUCACGGACACAUGUCCUUCCUUCGACAUGAUUUGAUAACCAUCAUCGUUCCUCCUCAUUGUAGACUGGUCUUCCUGGUGAUAUUGGUCUACCAGGAAAUCGUGGAUUGAAAGGACAAAAAGGAGGAAGGGGAGACAAGGUAACUUGUGUUUUGCAUCGUCGUACACCAGACACCAUUCCUUCAUUGUCAAGAUUUAUCAAGUAUGUCUCAGUUGCAUGGGAGAAAAGUACUUUCACUAUAAAACCUCAGGUUUCUUUGAGUACGCAGGUUUCCUCCUGGGGGUAACACCAAUAAAACAUGGCCUUUACUGGAUCUCUAUAAAGAACAGUUUAGAACCACUGAUCAGUGUUUAGAACUGAUAGAGCUAUCCAGUAUAAUUAAAAGAGGUAUUUAGGUUAGGUUUCCUCUUGUUAACGAGAUGUUUAGUUUAGGUUUCCUCUUAAUAAUAGUUUUGUUUGUGGAAACACCGCGUAAAUUUAUUACUGCAAAGCUUUCGAUCCGUAAGCCCGGAUCUUAACGAGAUGUUUAGGUUAGGUGGAAACACCGCGUAAAUUUAUUACUGCAAAGCUUUCGAUCCGUAAGCCCGGAUCUUCAUCAGUGCUAAUAAUAUGUGACUUGUUUAAUUCACACGCCCUUUUUCCUCUUGUUAACGAGAUGUUUAGUUUAGGUUUCCUCUUGUUAACGAGAUGUUUAGUUUAGGUUUCCUCUUGUUAACGAGAUGUUUAGUUUAGGUUAAUAGUUUUGUUUGUGGAAACACCGCGUAAAUUUAUUACUGCAAAGCUUUCGAUCCGUAAGCCCGGAUCUUCAUCAGUGCUAAUAAUAUGUGACUUGUUUAAUUCACACGCCCUUUUUCCUCUUGUUAACGAGAUGUUUAGUUUAGGUUUCCUCUUGUUAACGAGAUGUUUAGUUUAGGUUUCCUCUUGUUAACGAGAUGUUUAGUUUAGGUUUCCUCUUGUUAACGAGAUGUUUAGUUUAGGUUUCCCGAGUUUCCUCUUGUUAACGAGAUGUUUAGUUUAGGUUUCCUCUUGUUAACGAGAUGUUUAGUUUAGGUUUCCUCUUGUUAACGAGAUGUUUAGUUUAGGUUUCCUCUUGUUAACGAGAUGUUUAGUUUAGGUUUCCUCUUGUUAACGAGAUGUUUAGUUUAGGUUUCCUGUUUCCUCUUGUUAACGAGAUGUUUAGUUUAGGUUUCCUGAGUUUCCUCUUGUUAACGAGAUGUUUUUUUCAUCCAGGGUGACAGGGGUACUCCGGGCACUCCAGGUCAGGCGUGCUUCAUAGAGAAAACAGAUGUCCAGAUAUGUAUGACCCCACCUACCGGCCCAGAAGGACCCCAGGGGAUCAAGGGAGACUCUGGCUCGGUGGGUGAGAAAGGAGAUCCUGGCACGGCUGGCAAAAAUGGCGCUCCUGGGGAGAGGGGGCUGCGUGGUCCCCCAGGAAGAGCAGUGGAUGCAAUAAGUAAGUAGCCAGUCAUCAAAGCACUCUGUCAUUGCAUGACCUAAUUGCAUUGAUGCCUUGUAUUAUUGCAUUUUACCUGUUAUUACUUUGACUCUAAAUUCACCACCAUGAAAAGAGGGUACGUUCUAUUUGUGUACAUCUCGCUAACUAUAUCUCUUCUAUCUCUAGACAUCCGCUGUCACACUCGGCAUAAUAAACUGAUGGUGGCCAAAGAACAGAUCGCAGACAAUCUUGAAGAUCUCAUCCAUGCUCAUUGCGACCCACUGCAAUUUCUUCAAGGCAUGAAGAUAUACAAAGACACAACGUCGGUCAAACUGGUUUAUACCUGUUGUUCGUUUUACUAAAUGACCUGUCAAGCUGGUUUAUAUCUGUUGCUGGUUUUUCGAAUGACCAGUCGAGCUUGUUUAAAGCUGGAUUUACAGCUCGUCAAACUGGUUCAUUCCUGGAUAUUACCUAUUACAGACUUGUUGCUUGUGUGUUGCAAACCGGAUCAUCAUUAUACCUGCUGUUCGUUUUGCUGUGUAAAGCUGGUUCAUACCUGAAUAAUUAUCCUGUAUCUUAUUUCGCUAAAUAUGUAAUCAAACUGGUUUGUAACUGUAGUAAUUUUACUCUAUUACGAAGAAACUAGCGAAGUAAAAUGUUUCUCGGCAGAGCAAGCCUGCUACGAUGUAUACACAAUGUAAUCCACGCACAUUUUUCUUAGCUGUAUAUAUUUAUUGGAGAAAAAUUCUCGUUACAGAGUGUUGAAAAGUGUUCAUAUUAUAUCAUGUAUAUACAUACUUAUCAUGUGACCAAACAUUGCUUAGCACAUGAUUUUCAUUGCGCAGCACGUGACUUGUCACGUGAUGCAUCCUGAUAUUCGUCAUUAAUGCUUCGUCCAAUCACAAGGCGUCGUACUUCACUCGUCCCAGCCCCAAUCUCGUACAGCUUCGCGUCUCUUAACAAUCGUCCCGUGGGGUAGUCUGAGAUAUAGCCAUUUCCUCCUGCGAAAGAAAUUUCCAACAUUAUGUCCUGAGCAAACUAAAUGUCAAUAAGGUUUGAAAACAAAAGUGUACUGUGUUGACUGAAACAUCUUAUUUUUCACUUUCAUCUUUUCCACUUUAUAUU